AUGCCGCCUGAGAGGGCACAUCUGCGACGCGGGCCAAAUUCAACCUCUUCUUCGUCAACCACUUGCUCGAUGAUAUCCGACCCAGGAGAGAUAGAGCUGCGCGAGCAACUGGAGCGCGAUAAGAUCGUGGCAAUGUACGAUCGGGGCCCCGACAACCCCCACAUUGCCAACUGGGAGCGCUCCGAAUGGGAAGGCUUCAAACGAACCGACCGCUUCGGAUUUGUGCAGCGAGACAACUUUGUCUUUGCCCAGGAGACGCCGAAGCGAAAAUCACAAGAUGUAAUGCCGCUGUCUGUCUCUUCAUUUUCUUUAGUCAAAUGGAAGAAUUGGUUUGGGAAGGCGUGCCAAACAAACUCCGAAUUCGCGUAUGGCCGUUCUUGCUCGAUAUCGAUGCUAUCAAGGCUUCAUACCGGCAAGGAAAGCGAGCUUCUCGCCCGGGCCAGGCUGAUUUCUAAACACGUGAAGCAGAUAGAUCUCGACGUUGGGAGGACGUACCGCCAUCACGCGGCUUUUCGUCGACGCUACGAUGUCAAGCAACAAUCCCUUUUCAAUCUCCUGGUGGCCUAUUCAGUCUUCAAUACCGAAAUUGGGUAUUGUCAGGGUAUGAGCCAAAUUGGUGCCCUUCUGCUGAUGUUUCUCGACGAAGAAGAUGCCUUUUGGUGCCUCCACUCACUAAUGAUUUCUCCACGGCACACGAUGCACGGGUUCUUCGUGACGGGAUUUCCAAAGUUGCAACGAUUCGAGAGUCACUUUAGGAAAAUCCUCAAACAUUACAAGCCAAAGGUCUACGAUGCAUUGGAAAAAGAAGCCAUCCCUUACUUCUUCGUAACCAAGUGGUGGUUUGGCUGUUUCCUGGACCGUGUCCCGUUCCCGCUGGCUCUCCGAAUCUGGGAUGUCUACAUACUUUACGGAGAUGAAGUCUUGAUGGGAAUGGCUCUAAAUAUAAUGGAUAUGCACGAGAAAACUAUCCGUAACCUAUCUCUGGAAAAAUUUAUGGAAUUUGUGCAAUCCGGGUUGGCAAAUGAUUUCGGAUUCACGGACGAUGAGGCGAUCCAAUCGCUUCGGAACAUUGUUUACAAAUUGAAGAAAGAUCGAAAAAAUCGCCCGGCCCCACCAGAAAAGGAGGAACCUCUUGAGCCGUUGGGUGCCGUACUCGAAGAAACUAUGAUGGAUAUCCACGAGCGUGUCCAUGAAGUUCGUCUAAGACAAGCCCCCGACAGCUGCAGCAGCAAUGAGGCUAAUGAUCUCGACGAAAGCAAGGAGCAGAUCAUAGUGCCCGACAGAUGCUGCGGGGACGGGUUUCGUGAACGUCUCAUCGUA